ACGUCUUCUUCGGAAGGUGGAUGCUGCUGGAUGUUUGGAAUAGACUUCACUCAUACACGAGCUGCCCUAGCACCACGGGCUCCCGGUCUUCAUCUCUGACUCCUCCCUCCCGUCCUCCCCUCCAUCUCGCCGGGCCAUGGCUCGUCUCCUCCUCGUCGUCCUAGCGGUUCACCUCACCGCUGCCAGAGCCUUCGCCGCGUCAAGCGUCGGCGGCCGUAACGGCGACUUCGACCCCUCCCGCGUCGUCCAGCUCUCGUGGCACCCCAGAGCGUUCCUGCACAAGGGGUUCCUCUCGGACGCGGAGUGCGACCACAUGAUCGAGCUGGCGAAGGACAAGCUUGAGAAGUCGAUGGUGGCGGACAAUGAGUCGGGAAAGAGCGUCCAGAGCGAAGUGCGGACCAGCUCCGGCAUGUUUCUCGAGAAGAGGCAGGAUGAAGUAGUAGCAAGGAUAGAGGAGAGGAUUGCUGCUUGGACUUUCCUUCCGUCGGAGAAUGGCGAGUCCAUUCAAAUAUUACACUAUAAGAAUGGUGAGAAGUAUGAGCCACACUAUGAUUACUUCCAUGACAAAAAUAACCAAGCUCUCGGUGGUCACCGAAUAGCAACAGUGCUCAUGUACCUGUCUAACAUUGAGAAGGGUGGAGAGACCAUCUUCCCUAACGCAGAGGGGAAGUUAACACAACACAAGGAUGAGACGGCAUCUGAGUGUGCUAAAAAUGGAUAUGCAGUAAAGCCCGUAAAAGGUGACGCCCUGCUGUUCUUCAGCCUCCACCCUGAUGCAACGACAGACCCUGACAGUUUGCACGGGAGCUGCCCCGUCAUCGAAGGCCAGAAGUGGUCCGCCACGAAAUGGAUCCAUGUGAGGUCCUUCGAAAACUCGGGCAAGCAGGGAGGCGGGUGCGAGGACGAGAAUGUCCUCUGCUCGCAGUGGGCUGCCGUUGGGGAGUGCGCCAAGAACCCCAACUAUAUGGUGGGCACCAAGGAAGCUCCUGGCUUCUGCAGGAAGAGCUGCAACGUCUGCGUGCAGUAAGUUAAUUUUUAAUCCACCCAUCCACCGUCAUCACACGGCAUCGAUAAAUUACUGGCCCAGUACCGGGUCCAGGGUGUGUGUGACUGCUCAUAGAUAGCAUGUGUGAUCUGGAAUGGAAUUAAACUGCAGCUGGAGAAAGAAAAAUACACUAUACUCGCUAAGAACUUUGUCUUUUGGGGCUGCUCAGAACUUUCUUGUUUACCCGUUUUAGCCGAGCAAUCAAAUUAAUGAAGAUGGAUCCAGCAAUCUUGUUCCA